AUGGUGUUGAUGUUGCUUUGCGCAGUUAUAAAGCCAGAUAUUUACAUAAAAAUUAAGAAAGUAGGUUUUACUUUGGACACUUACUGGAUACCAUGUUUCAUUGCAGCUAUCAUAUGUAUAAUUUGGAGAUUUAUUCCAAUAAGAGCAUCCAUUCAUUAUCUUUGGGAAUUCUCUUCCUUGAACCCGGUUGGAAUCAUCAUUCUAGUUUUUGCCACUGUUUAUAUCAGUAUGUUCCUUGACACCACUGGUUUUUUCAAGAUGUGCGCCACUUGGGCUAUCAAGAAAGCAGGAAAGAGCGGAACUAUGCUAUUCUUCAUCAUCUAUUUCACAGUUGCAGUUAUUACAGUAUUGUCAUCCAAUGAUGUUGCUAUCCUUACAUUUACGCCUUUCGUUGCUUUCUUUGCUCGUGCAGCCCAGGUCAAUCCGAUUCCAUAUUUAUUUGGUCAAUUCAUGUCAGCAAAUAGCUGGGGUAUCAUGCUUAUUAUAUCGAAUCCUACAAACGUUGUUGUUGCUACUGGUUUUGGUCAUUCAUUUGGCUAUUAUUGCAAGUAUGCAGUAAUUCCAAGUAUUGUUGCAGGACUUACUCCUGGAUUAUUAGUAUAUUUCAUAUUUAAGAAGCAAAUCACUAAAGAAAUUGUUAUUAAAGGUGAACUUGCUGAGCCAAUGUCAUUAGUCAAUAAUAAAAGAGAUAUGUGGGUAGGGCUUUUCUUCUUAGGCGCCACAAUUAUUCUAAUGGCUUGCAGUGAGAUUCCUGGUUUCAAUUUCGAAUUAUGGCAGAUAGCAGGAGCAAUGGCCUUGAUAUUACUUAUAUAUAACAUUGUUAUUGAUAUCAUUCAUUGGAGAGAACCUCAUCCUACAAAACUCAGAGAGAUUUUAUCAGAAUUACCAUAUUCAAUUAUUCCAUUCCUUCUUUCAUUAUUCGUAUUGGUCAGUAUUCUUACAGAUACAGGACUCUUUGAUGUACUUGGAAAAGCUAUUGGAAAGAUCUCAAACGUCUCAAUGCCAAUAUCUGUUACUUUAUAUGGUAUAAUAGCAGCAAUUUUCGGAAACAUAUUGAAUAACAUUCCAUUAUCUGUUGCUUUAGUUCCUGUCAUUCAAUCAAUGAGAACAAAUAAGCUUCUUGGACCAAUUUACGGAUCAAUUAUUGGAGCCAACUUAUCUGCAUUAAUUACACCUCUAGGAUCUAUUGCAGGUAUCAUGUGGAUAUCAUUAUUGCGUGCAAACAAGAUCAAGCUUGGUUUCAGUCAAUUUAUGUUAAUUGGAUUCAUAGUAACACCUGUGACGCUAGCGCUUUCAUUAGCAUCGUUAAUGAUUGUGUUAAGCUUGUGGUAG